AGUACUGGAUUAUCUCCCGGGAAGAUUUUGAACAAACUUCUGCAAGUCACGACAUGCGCAUGGAUGUCUGUGAUGGUUGGUUUCCCGGAAUUUGAAGAGAAGGGGGUGAAAAAAAAAAAAAAAGAACCGGAAGUCGUACUGAACCUUCACUUCCACUUGGCACAGAAGGAAACUCAAGCUCCGCGAGAGGAGUUCCGGCGCGGCUUGGGCUCGAGGAGACAGAAUGGAGACCGCGAUCGAAGAUCCGGGGCUGGACCGCGGUCCGACGCUGACCUCGUCCUGGGAUGCGGCGUGCGGGGCGCUGACCCAGAGCCUCCUUCUUACCCGGACUGGGCCAGGUGCCCAAGACUUGGACUUCGAGCAGCUGCUGGUGCCGCCAGCUCCGGGCUUGGAUCUGGUGAGUCUGAAAAGCAGCCUGAGUCCCCGAGAUGAAAAUCCUUGCUUCCUUUACCUGAAGUGUGGGCCUAAUGAAGGUGAAGAAAUCCUUUCAGUUGGCAUUCUGAGCUCAGCAAGAAACAUGGAAGUAUACGUAGGAGAGGAGUAUUGCGGAACCAGUCGGGGCAAAAAUGUCUACACUGUCCCGGAUGACAGUGAACAUGAAAAGAUUCUAUUGUACAAAAAAUACCUAAAGCUGGAGUCUCCCACACAUGCUUGUAAAAUAAAGUUGCUGUCUUUCGGUGAAAAGCAGUGUGUGCUCAUCAGUAAAGUUGUGGUGCACGUGAGACCAAGGUCAGCAAACCCUUCACCAAGCUCUCCUGCUCUAGGGUCACGGAUAGACCUCGACAGUGUCCAAACCAUAAUGGAGUCCAUGGGGUCAAAGCUAUCUCCUGGAGCUCAGCAGCUGAUGAAUAUGAUUAGGCUUCAGCAACAGAAUUGUCUUCCCAUCGGAGAUCAGCUUCAGUCAGUGUUGGGAACCACAGGACACAAGCAUCUGAUUGCACUUCAGUCUUCACCUUCUUCAGGAGUCCUAGACAAGGCAUCCUCUACACCCUUUCCUUUCAGAACUGGGUUGACACCCUCAGGCCUCACUGGAAAUUUAAAGGCUCUUACUGAUAAAAGCGCACAGCCUCUCGGAGAAGGAACUGCCACCAACCACAAUGAGUGUCACCUUGUGCCACAAAACCACUCCCUCGAAAGUGAUCUUAAAAGCGCAGUGUCUUCUUUCUUACCAAAGAAGGCAAGUGGCAACUCAAAUGUGCCCAACUCUGAGUUGCUGCCGUUUCUACAGAACUUAUGUAGUCAGGUCAACCACCUCCGCGUGGGACAUAAUGCCAGGUGGCAAGAAAACAUCUCCAAGCCCCGAGAGGGCAUUGUCGGUGUUUCGAUGGAAGAGCAGCCUAUUUGCUCCUACUUGGAAAAAAUUCUUUCUAAAAAUAUGGAACUGAUGGAAAAGAAGCUUAUGGACCACAUCGAUGAGAGGAUCUAUCAGCUCCAGGAGCACAUAGAUGCUAAAAUGGCUUUGUUAGUGGACUUUCUGCGAAGUCCCAACUCCCCAACGCCAGAGGUGCCUCUAAGACACUAUGACUCCAGAGAAAGACUUUCCAAUGGAGAAAGAUAAGCUAUGGACAUACACAAUUAUUACAGAUAUUUAUUACAUAUUUAUUUCAAAAUCCAAAUCCAAAAAGGUUAUGAAAAUCAAGUCUUUAAUAUCCUUUGAAGGAUGGUUGUCUUACAUGAAGUGACCUCAGUGCUCAUUUGCAUUUUGCUUGUUACUGUAGAUCCAGGUGUGUGCACCAACAGCUCUCCUGAUACAGUCGUAAGUUAUUUUGCUUGCUGUAUUUUUCACUCUUACAGAAAUGUAUACCUGUGUUGCUCAACUGUUUUGGAUGUUUAAGGACUUCUAACGCAGUUCGUUAGUUUGCAUUGUAUAUUAUAUAUGUUUGAAGUGAAUUUUUUAUUUAUACAGAUCUCUGUAAAAUACAGUCUCAGGAGUGUGAAAAGCAAUGCUAACAUAUUUGAUUUUUUUCUAAUUAUUUUUGGAAAGCUGGAUACUUGGAUUCUUUCAUUCAGAUUGUCAGUUUAACACUUCCUAUCAUUUACCUGAGAUGAAUCUGUGCCGUGCUUGGGCUGUUUAAGAUAGUUGUUGGGGCAUACUGUGUAAAGGUGUGUCUCUGUUCUUCACCUACCUAAGGCAUUCUCUGAUUGGCUUUAAUAAAAAUGUGAUGGCCAGUAGCUGGACAGGAAGUGUAAGGUGGGACUUUCUGGUAGAGAGAAAGGGAUGAUGGGAAAGAUGAAAAUAGGGAUUCAGAGAGGAUAAGGAGGUAGAUGGGCGUGAACAUGAGCAGAAAGGUGGACCAGGUUGUGGCAGGACAUAGGUAGAUUAGUGGGGUUGGAGGAGCUGGGAGCUAGCCCAAGUUAAAGGCCUAAGCUUUUAAAGUAUGCGAGAGUCUUCGUGUUCUUAUUUAUACAGCUGGAGGGUCUGUAAAGUCCAGCUACAGUGGUUUACGUAGUGAGGGGUAGUUCUGCUUGCUCAUAUCAGAACAGCUGUAUAUUACUCAUUUACAGUCCUACUAUUUCAGACUUGGUGCUGCAGAUAAAAUGGAAGGAAAUUCUUUUCUGGAACUGACGGGUUCUUCUCACAGAUGCCUUUUCAAGCAUGUAUAAUGUGUGACAUUCUGAGAAUCUAAAGUGAGGGAUAAGGUAUAUGAAUCCAGGGGAUUGCAGUCUCCAGCAGACUGAAUUUUCAGAACUGUUAUGUCUGUGUUUGUGAUAUAGCUCUGCCUAACGGUGUUGCUCUGCAGACCACCUGUAAGCGAAAAGAACUCAAGUUGAUUUUUUUUUUUUAAGAGGAUGUUUUGUAGUUAUCCAUCAUUUUGGCAAACUAGUGAUUUUGAUCAUAUGGCAAAGGUGACAUAGCAUAUAGGACACACCACACUUUUACUUUGGUGAGCCAUGGUUGGGGUAGUCAUACUACAUGCAGGUGUGAGAUGUUUUUUCCUGAUCAGUGAGGAGGAGUCCACUCACUCACAGCUACAGUCCAUGGUUUUGCAGCUUUUGGUAGUUGUGGUUCCUCCCCAACUUAAGGAGUACCAUCCUUGACUUAGCAGUGUAGUACCCUUUGUCCCAUAAAUCGUCAGCUGGGCCUGCCCAGGGCUCCAGGAUGGAACCAUACCCCUAAGUGAAGCCCUUGAAACCAUCUUCAUCUCAGCCUGACACACUUUCCAGCCUCACCUCCACUGCCAAUCCCUGCAUUCUCCAUCUCUGAUCCUUGUAACAUAGGGAUCAGGGAGCAGGAAGAGGCCAACUGGAGGAACUUACAGAAAAGCAAGAAAAGAUGGAAACACAUUCACAAACCGUGCACUGUCCUAGAAUAAUGUGGGCCUUGAAGAAUCACCACCUUUCCAGGGUUUCUGUGUUAGGGUGAAAAUAGCCUGAAGCCCACAACUAGAACAGCCUCCUACCAGGAGAGGUGGCUCACACUUCUGAUAAGCUAUUUCACAGUUAAGUCUAUAUGCAUACCUAUAUAUACGUGUGUGUGUAUGUAUAUGUAUAUACAUACAUACAUACAUAUAUAUAUACACACACAUAUACAUGUAUAUAUAUAAACAGAAGCCAGGAAACAAGCAUGCAUAUAUAUAUAUAUAUAUAUAUAUAUAUAUAUAUAUAUAUGCUUUUAAGUAGAUUGUAUCCCUUCUAUAGGAAAAGUGGGGAGAAAGGAACACCUCCCCACCAUCCAUGCUUCUCCAGUUCUGUCUAAAACUGUAAACAAAUCCAUCUCCUUUUACUGUAUCCUGAUUUUUUUUUUUUAAUAAGAAAUAACUGGUAACAGAACCUCCAGAUUCUGAUAACAGCUUGAUAUGGGAUCCACAAACAUCAAAUUGGGCUUUGUGUUGAAAAAGAAAAACUUUUAAUUGUGGACAUCAUGCCUGAAAUGACAAAGAAAUAAAAUAUUCCUUAUCAAGUGGCCCUAGUCAAAAAUAAUGUAAAAUAGGGCCACCAAGAAGAGCCUGUGCACAGGGCUUAGAAGUCUUCACUCCCUGUUGUAUGUACUGCUCUGUAAUAAAACCUUCCUCUCUUUCCUUUUCUAUCUCUGAAUCCUUUCUCUGACGGUGAUAAGAGUCUGCUAACACUGAGUAAAGUAUCAGGUCUUCUCAGACCUUUCUGGACUUGGCCACCAGCAGCUCUUAACUGCCUCUGGACUCCCCAUCAAUCUCUGAUGAUCUUGGGAAGCAUUUAAAUGUCUUCACACCAAGACUGCUUUCCUGGUCCCCUACUCAUAUGAGCUACCCUCUGCUCAGACUAAGGACCUUUUACCUCUGUGUCUUGUUUGUGCAUCUUUGAAGUCUGAAUCUCAUUUAGCUUGGUGUUUUCCAGCCUUGACUUUCCUUCCUGAACUAACAUUCUGGAUUCUUCAUCCAAAUCUUCUCUUGUAGAGCAUGAGUAUUGUAAAACAGGAGGUGUUCAAGGAAGUACACUGAGAUGAAGUGGAAUUUAUCAACAUUUCUCUCUCUCUCUUUCUCUCUCUCUCUCUCUCUCUCUCUGUGUGUGUGUGUGUGUCUGUGUGUCUGUGUGUUAUAUUUAUGUCCCAUGGGUGAGUGAGCACAUGUGUGCAUGUGGAGGUCAGAGGUCGACCCUAGGUGUCUUCCUUGUCACCCUCUACUUGCAUUUCACUUCACUUUAGUGUAUGGGUGUUUCUCUAAUCCUGCCCCUGCUAGACUAGUUCUAAGAUGCAUGUCUAGAUCCCUCGAUUCUCUGUAUGACUGGAGAUGAGCUAGGAUACAGAGAUGAUGCACAGAGAACGGAGCCCUCACUCGUAAAGUAUGGUUGUAGUCACUUACCACCUGAAAAUCAUUAAUUCCAGUACAGUUAACACUAGCAUUUGAUCUAAAGGUUGCCUACAUACAGACAGUAUUUCUUUUAUAGAGAAAUAGUUCCAAAAAAGAAUGUCAAAAAGCUGGGCAUUGAGGUGCACACUUUUAAUCCCAGCACUCAUAGGCCAAGACAGGCUGAUCUCUGAGUUGGAGGCCAGCCUCCACAUAGCAAGUUCUAGGCCAGCCAAGCCUACAUAAAUGGCACCAUUUAUCACCACCCUCCCUCCAAAAGAAUUAGAUAGCAAUAAACCAAUUUAUGGCCUGAGUGUAUGUGACCUUGAGUAUGUACUUAACGUUCUUCUGACUAUUAUCUGGGAAUCCCACUAAGAAAACUAUUAACAUAUGUUCACAGUGAAGAUACCCAACUUUCUGCAUCCCUGUGGUCUAGCAUAUUAUAUUAUUCUGUCCAGCAUACUGGAGGAUUCUUCCUGUGACUGCUUUCACACUGAACAACUCUGUCAAGCCUUGGAAAUCAACAACAUCCUAAAUAUGACUGUUAUAAA